CACGUAUCGCGACAAGUGUUGGUAAGGGACUAAACAUUAAACUAAUACAACAAAAGCAAACUGGCCACCGUGAAAAUCUACAUUGUCAACACGCGAAAACGAGCAUACAUAUGAGUCUGCGUGCGAAUGUGUACAAUACAAAACGAUACAGCGUAAUGAAUAAAUUGGAAUUUUUAUGUCUGAGUGCACGAUCGCCUUGGAAGUAGUCGGUCUCGCAGUAAAUCUCCCAACAGGAUAAUCCCCUGCUUGAAUCAGCUUUGAAAUGUGUAUUCGACACGACUAGCAUUAAUACAGUGGACUCCAUGUUAACAACUAGCGUGUUUAUUGGAGAUAACAUACCGAGUGGUGUUUCGCAUGUAGGCCUAUACCUUGAAAAUUACCAUAGCAAAAAUGUCGAAACCAAAAGGAAAGAAAAUUAAGGGUGGAAAAAAUAAGGAAACAGAGUCUGAUACAAAGGAAGGGGCACUAGCAUUCAAAGUUCUUACUAAUGCUCAGACAAAAGAACUGGAGGAACUUAAUGUGGAGGAGAUGCAGAUAAAACUAGCAGAUAUAUUCAAUCUGAAAACGUAUUCCAGUAACCUGAAAGAAGCAGCAGAGCUGGAUUAUUAUACUGGUGCCCUCUGGUGGGGAGCAGAGCAAGGCUUCAAAGGGCAAGAACUCUCAGGAUUUUUCACAUUAAUCCACUCUCUGUUUGAAAAUGUUAAAGAAAAGCAAAUGUCAUUAGUUGAUAACUUGAGGGAGCUGAAGAAAAUGCUCAUGGGAAUAGGGAUGGAAGGACAGGCAACCAAUUAUGGAGGACUGGAGUUUUUCGACACACAGAAAGCCAAGGCUAUAACCGAUUAUGUCUACUCUAGUUUUUUCCAACACUACAAACUUUAUCAGUUCAUGUUUUCGUGUUCACAAGAAGAAGAGAUUAUUGGAACAGAUCUUGAUGUUGAAGUUGCGCAGGCAGCUGACGUCCCGUUUCCUCCUCCUCUGGACGAAGGACUUGCUGAGGAGAUUUACAUGAGAUAUGUCGCUACACCCGAGCCUGAACCCACACCUGAGCCCUUGGAAGAUUUAGAGAAAAAGGAAGAAAUUGAUGAAGAGACAGCAGAAAACAUUCUAGCUCAGCUUUCACCACAGGAUGUGAAGGAGAUCAUAGAAAGUGUGGCUGCUGAAAUGCUCGAACCGCUGCAGACGGACGUAGCGGCAAAGUUAAGAGAAAAAGAAAACCAGUUGAUAGCAAGGAUAAACAAGAUACACAGGGUGGCCAGUUCACGGUGAACACAUGGAAAAGAUUGAAAAAAAUUCCUACACAAAUCAGAAGUUUUUAGGUCAUCUGUUGAAGAUCUAACAUCAUUUUAUACGGCCAUUGCAAGACCACAGUCAUCCCUUCUUUCAUCCUAUAAUAAUAGUCAAUGUAAAAUGUAUACCUUGUGCAUUCAAAAUGUACAGAAGUAUCAGUUUACACUAAAAUAAAUGUUUAAAUGUAUUCCAUACCAUUGUUACACAUCAUAAAAAAACCCCACCGUUGUCCAACAUAAAAGAGUUUGUACUUGCACAAAGAGCAAGAUGUCUUCCUUCUUUAACAGUCAACUUUCCACAGGCAGACAGAACAUCACAUCUUACAUCAGAUGAGAAGCAGUGGUUAGGAUUCAAGUUGCUUCCAAGAAGAAAAACAAUGUUAAAAAAAGUUAUCUUGGAUUGAAUACUAUUAGUAUUACGGGCAUGUUAAUUAACUCCAUGUGUGCUGGAGUGUUAGAAGUAACGACUGAUUGAGGGGACAGGAGAGUGUUGGAAGACGUUCAACAGGUGGCACUGGUGUAUAAACCCAACAAAGAAAAGGAAUAUUUAAUUGGAUACUUCCCAACACAAUUUAAUCGGUGGCUUAACAUAUUGUAAUUGUGACAUUCAAUUAGGUCAAGUGACAGAAUAAAUUUAAUUGUUGCUAUUUACAAUACUUCAGAUAUGCUACAACGCUUACCUAUUGUUGACACAUAUUCUUAAGUUUAAACUGGACUUGUGUUCAGUACUUAAAAUUUAUUCCAUUCAGAAUUUGAAGUGAUGUAGAGAACCUUAGAACUGGUUUUCAGUUCACAUGUAUUCUAAAACAUUUAACACAAAAACCAGGUGAGCGAAAAUAAAUUAUGCAACGGGUGCUUAAUUAUGUCAAUUACUGUAAUAAGAUUUGCAGUUUAACACAUUUUAUCCCCCUUUUCUUAAAGUGGUAAAAUGUGCAUUAUUCACUUGUUAAAGUACAUCUAAAAAUCUACUUAUCCACUAUUUAAUAAUAAAUUGGCAAUAGCCCCGGAUUCUGAUACACAAAGUAUAUGUUUAAUGGUAACAGAGAAAAAAUAUAAUUGUUUUUAUAAAAUUAUUUAUUUUUCAUUUGUAACAACUGAAGAAAAUAGAGUUGAAAAAUUCAGCUGACAUUUUGUAACAUAUUUUGUUACUGUGUAUAUAUGUAUAUUCUGUAUAUUAAAUAAUUCAAAACAUCA